UGGAGACAGGUUUUGUGCGUGAGUAAUUUUUCCUUAUGUAGGAAAAGUACAAAUUAUGAUAAAUAUGUCUCAAACCAUUGAUCAUAAUGAAUUCCGAUUUGCAAUUUCGUGCAAAGUCAGUAAAUGGCGCUUCAACACAGGCUGAUUAAGUGUAGAAAAUCAAAGUUCAAAAUAAUGAAGGGAGUGUUAUAAAGCAGUAAUGUCCGCAAGUAGAUCAACUCCUAUAUCAACUAUCAGCAACUAAGCCACAGAGCACUCGCGCUCUUUUUUCAUUUAAUUUGUUUUGCUUACAUGGAUGAGGCUGGCACCGCUGAUCCGCCACCUCCAAUCCUCCGCCGCCGCCGCCCCGGCUCCGGCCCCGGACUUCGGCGCGUACGGGCGGCUCCUCCAACAGUGCGCCGAGCGCGGGCUGUUGGCUCCGGGGCGCCAAAUCCACGCGCGCCUCGUCGCACUCUCCGCCGUCCCCGACAACUUCCUCGGCUCCAAGCUCGUCGCCCUAGCCCUCCACUCCCCGCUCCCCCUCCACGCCCUCCGCCUCUUCGCCUCCUCCUUCCCCUCCUCCUCCCUCUCCCCCGACGCCUUCACCGCCUCCGCCCUCCUCAAAUCCCUCGCCUCCGCCCCCUCGUCCUCGCUCCCCCGCCACGCCCAUGGCGCCCUCCACGCCCUCGCCCUCGUCCGCGGCCUCGACGCCGACCUCUUCGUCGCCAACGGGCUCGUCACGCUCUACGCCCGCGCCGACGAUCCGGCCUCCGCGCGCAGGGUCUUCGACGCGAUCCCGCGCAAGGACAUCGUGUCCUGGAACGCCAUGAUCUCCGGCUACUCCCAGAGCGGCCGCUACGACGCGUGCUUAGUUCUCUACCGCGACAUGGCGCAGUCGCGGCCGAACGGCGUUGCCCCGAACGGCGUUACGGUGGCCUGCGUUCUGCAGGCGUGUUCGCAGCUCAAGGAGCUGCUUUUCGGGAUGGGGGUCCACCGCUACGCCGUGGAGAACGGUGUGGAGAUGGAUAUCACCGUAUGGAACUCCAUAAUCGGAUUCUAUGCGAAAUGUGGGAGCCUGGACUACGCACGAAACCUGUUCGACGAAAUGCCUAUGAAGGAUGGGGUCAGUUACAGCGCAAUGAUAUCUGGGUACAUGAAUUACGGCCGUGUUAGCCAAGCAAUGGAGCUAUUCCGGCAAGUGGAAUCUCCAGUUCUCAGCACAUGGAACGCCGCGAUCGCAGGCCUGUUUCAGAACAAUUGCCACUCUGAAGUUCUUGAAUUAGUGCGCGAGAUGAUUUGUUCUGGGUUGAAGCCCAACUCAGUUACGCUCUCGAGCAUUCUCCCUUCCUUCUCCUUCUUCUCAAACCUUUCGGGAGGCAAACAGGUCCAUGGAUACGCCAUCCGGAACGAGUGCGAUCAGAAUAUCUAUGUAGCAACCGCAUUGAUCGAUGCGUAUGCCAAAUCUGGUUUUCUCAAAGGGGCUCAAAAGGUAUUUGAGCUAACUAAAGAUAGAAGUGUAAUUGUUUGGACUGCAAUUAUAUCGGCCUUCUCAGCUCAUGGAGAAGCAGAAAUUGUACUUGAUUUAUUCCAUAAAAUGCUUGAUUCAGAAACGAAGCCUGACCAAGUAACUUUUACUGCUGUCCUCACCGGUUGUGUCCAUGCUGGGUUGGUUGCGAAAGCUCGCACAGUUUUUGAUGCAAUGUCACCACUAUAUGGAAUAUCGCCUGCGGUUGAGCAUUAUGCUUGCAUGGUCGGUGCACUAAGCCGUGGCGGGGUUCUUAAGGAGGCAGUCGAACUUAUAGAGAAGAUGCCGUUCGACCCAAAUGAGAAGGUGUGGGGUGCAUUACUUAGCGGAGCAGCGGUGUUUGGUGAUGUAAAGAUUGGACGCCGCGCAUUUGAUCGGCUGUGCGAGCUUGAGCCCGAGAAUACGGGGAAUUAUAUACUGAUGGCUAAUUUGUAUUCGAAGGAUGGGAGAUGGGAGGAAGCCAAAUUGGUUAGGGAGAAGAUGAGGGUGUUCGGAUUGGGGAAAGUCCCCGGUUGCAGUUGGAUCGAGGUGUGCAAUGAGUUGCAUGUGUUUGUAGCCCGGGAUUGUUCAAAUAUGAGAAGUGAAGAGCUUUAUUUUAUUCUUGAUGGAUUAGUUGGAUUGAUGAGAGAGGAGGGAUAUGUUGUAAGCUGUGAAUUGGACGAAGAGUGCGAUUGUUAGAAGAUAACACUGCCGCAUCUGUCCGUCCUUAGUGAUGUCAAUAGGAUACCUAUAAGAUUUAAGAAGUUUCAUAUUUUUCCACCGACCAAACGCUCUUCUCCGAGGUGACUGGAACUGAAAACUGGUUGGCAAACAGAAACCAGGGAAAGCUCAAAAAGCAAGUGGAUCUUACUAGGUGGUAAAAAGUGUGGGCACUCCUUAUAGGUCCUUUCAAUAACAGGUGCUUGAGCUUUAGUUUCGUACGAUUGAAAUUCUUUACUACGCUUUGUUUCAUUUGAAAAUUUUGGUCGAAUUCCACCAAAACUCACACUUUUUUGUUGAAAAAGAUACAGAAUAUUCUGUAAACAGCUGUUUUAAGUUACAUUUUUUUGCAAAACGUGCGAGUAUUUGGAUUUUCUCACGUCAAAUAUCAUGUCAUUUGGGGCAUGUUUGUUUCACCGGAACUGAACUUUGAAUUGAAGUGGACUUUGGGUUGAAAUAAAG